CCGUGUCUGGCGGCUUGUACAGACCACGACCGGGCGCGGCAGAGACCCUCAGGACGCGGAGGGCCGCCUGGGUCACACAGAGAGAUGCUCGAGGUCACACGAUGCAGAGUACGUGGUGGAUGGAUUUAUACUGAACAGUGUGUCCAGCCAUGUUCCCAGAGUUAAUAAUUCUCCAGAAGGUGGCCGUGAGCAGAACUGAGAGCCAGAGAGAGAACUCCGACAAAGCCCCAGCUCAGCAGAAACCCUGGCAAGCCAUCUGCCGCUCAAGCACCCGGACAGCUGCUGGUUCCAUGUUUCCAGCACGUUGGUGCCCCCCUCCCCCCGUCCUCUCACAUUUACAAGCAAGUCUCCUGCUCCUGUAAACUGAACUCUUCAGGCAGAGCAGAUCUUCCUGCGGCACCUUCUUUUGCUCCUUGAAGGCCCAACGCUGAAGUCACAAUGGCAGGAAAAGGCUUCGGCUAUUAUCGGGUGGUGAUAUUCACUGCCAUGUACGUUGGUUACACCCUGUACUACUUCAACAGAAAAACGUUCUCGUUUGUGAUGCCAUCCAUCAUGGAAGAGAUAGACCUCGAUAAAGACGACUUGGGUCUCAUCACCAGCAGCCAGUCCGCAGCCUACGCCAUCAGCAAGUUCAUUAGCGGGGUCCUUUCUGACCAAAUGAGCGCCCGCUGGCUUUUCUCCUCCGGCCUCCUGUUGGUGGGCCUGGUCAACGUCGUCUUCUCUUGGAGCUCCACCGUUGCCUUCUUCGCAGGGCUGUGGUUCCUCAAUGGGCUGGCCCAGGGCCUGGGCUGGCCCCCGUGUGGGAAGGUGCUGCGCAAGUGGUUUGAACCUUCCCAGUUUGGGACUUGGUGGGCAAUCCUCUCCACCAGCAUGAACCUGGCAGGGGGGCUGGGGCCCCUUGUGGCGGCUCUGAUGGCGCUGAGCUACGACUGGCGCACAACCCUGGCCCUUUCUGGCUCUGUGUGUGUGGCCGCCUCCUUUGUGUGCCUGCUCCUGAUUAAGAACGAGCCCUCGGAUGUGGGACUGCCUAGCAUUGAGCCUGGGCCCAAGAAAGGGAAGAAGGGCUCGUCAGCAAAUGACAGCACCCUUGCUGAGCUGCUGCUUUCCCCAUACCUCUGGGUCCUGUCGACUGGCUACCUGGUUGUCUUUGGUGUGAAGACAUGCUGUACAGACUGGGGGCAGCUAUUUCUCAUCCAGGAGAGAGGACAGUCUGCACUUGUGGGGAGUUCCUACAUGAGCGCCUUGGAAAUUGGGGGCCUGGUUGGAAGCAUUGCAGCUGGCUAUCUUUCAGAUCGAGCAGUGGCAUGGGUGGGCCUCUCCAGCUACGGGAACCCUCGCCACGCCCUUCUCCUCUCCAUGAUGGCAGGCAUGUCUGCGUCCAUGUACCUCUUCCGGGUCACAGUCACAGCCGGCUCUGCCAAGGAAAGCAACUCUUGGAUUCUAGUCCUCCAUCCGCUUUCUAACCUUGUGGGCUUAACAGAACACGAGUUAUGGAUCCUGCUACUAGGAGCUAUAUUUGGAUUUUGCUCUUAUGGACCAAUUGCUUUGUUUGGAGUAAUAGCCAACGAGAGCGCACCAUCAAACCUCUGUGGAACUUCUCACGCCAUUGUCGCACUAAUGGCAAAUGUUGGAGGGUUCCUGGCUGGGCUGCCUUUCAGUACUAUUGCCAAGCACUACAGCUGGGGGACAGCAUUCUGGGUAGCAGAAAUGACCUGCACUGCCAGCACGGUGGCGUUUUUCUUCCUGAGGAAUAUCCGCACCAAGAUGGGUCGUGUGCCGAAGAAGCUUGACUGAAGUGCAUCGCUGACUUGGCUGUGGAGGGAUCCUCCCACUGCAACUACUGGACAUUUUUUUAAAAAAUCACCUAACAGAUCAGGGGCAGAACUAAGCACUAACAGCGCAGCCUUGACCAGGGUGAGGUCUUCUGCAAAAACUUGGCAAGGUCUCAUCUCUAUCACUUCCUGUUACCAGUUCCUGUUCCUAAAAAUGUCAGGAAUGUUAUGGCUUGGACCUAAUGACCAAACCCUGCCUUGCUUCUCUCUGCCCAAGCACCAGUCUCCUGGUGAUCUGACUGGCAGCUCACAUAUCUUGCCCGUGGGAGUGUGGAGUGACAAGCUGUGUAAGACCUGCCUUCCACUCCUUGGGAGUGGGACGUGCAUGUUUUCCACCUCCAUCACCUGCAGAGGGGGUGGUUUCACAUGCCCUUGCAGAACUCUUCCCUUUAUUUCUUCUUCAGGCUACAUUCACCUGUCAGCAGUGAUGCUGUGUCUUUUCUAUGACAGCCUGCAACUUCCACUGAGAUGUAAUAGAACUGGAGCUGGUCACGGCUUUGCUCUUUAAUCUCAGCAUUUUUGGUUGUAGCCAAGGGAGUAAAGAAGAGGGUACUCAUACCUUGCUAAGAUUAUAAACCAACUAAAGAAUACUUCUGGAUCUUGAGCAGGGAAUGAACGCCACAAAAUCAUGCUUAUCUGCACUGCAAGCAUAGAUAUAACCAGAGGGACUAAGGCCUCCCUAUAUUAUCCUCUUAGUAGUGAAGAAAUGCACCAAUUAGCAGCUGCACCAGUCAGAACUUCCCUAGACAGUUCUGCAACCAUGAAGGCCCCUGACUACAACUAACUGUCAUUAGGAGCAAAUCCUGUGAGACUGGAAAUAGUUGGCUAAAUGGAUUCCAAAUCAUGGUCAUUGCAAUGGAGUGUUCAUUGACA